CACGGCCCUGCUCAGAAGCCAAAGGGCAAAAUGAUCCCUGAAACUCCCAUGGUGUCUAUCUAUGUAUCAGAGAACACGCAUAAGGAAAGGGCCUAUGUGACGUUCUUGGCCGGUAAUGGAGACUAUGUGAAGGGAGUGGUGGGAUUAGCAAAGGGUUUGCGUAAGUGUAAGAGUGCUUAUCCUCUUGUUGUUGCUAUCUUGCCUGAUGUUCCUGAGGAACAUAGAGAGAUCUUGAAGUCUCAAGGCUGUGUCGUGCGUGAGAUCGAGCCUCUCUAUCCUCCGAACGACCAAGUCUCAUAUGCAAGGGAUUAUUACGUCAUCAAUUACUCAAAACUGCGAAUUUGGAACUUUAAGGAGUACAACAAGAUGAUUUACUUGGACGCAGAUAUUCAAGUCUAUGACAAUAUCGAUGACCUCUUCGAUAUGCAAGAUGGCUAUUUGCACGGCGUCUUGAGCUGUUUCUGCGAGAAAUUUUGGAGCUGCACGCCACUCUACUCGAUCGGGUAUUGUCAGCAUUGUCCAGAGAAGGUCACAUGGCCGAACGAGAUGGGACCUUCUCCUCCUCCUCCAUACUACAACGCCGGUAUGUUUGUGUUUGAGCCUAACACUUUGACUUAUGAGAAUCUCCUUCAGACCCUCCAGGUCACACCACCUACCCCAUUCGCUGAGCAAGAUUUUCUCAAUAUGUUCUUUGAGAAAGUUUUUAAACCGGUCCCUCCGGUUUAUAACUUGAUUCUAUCUGUGCUUUGGCGCCAUCCGGGGAGUGUUGACUUGGAGAGAGUCAAAGUUGUUCACUACUGUCCACCUGGAUCCAAGCCAUGGAGAUACACAGGAGACGAGCCAAACAUGAAGAGAGAAGAUGUAAAAAUGUUAAUUAAGAAAUGGUGGGAUAUUUAUGACGAUGUUUCCCUUGAUUUCAAACCAAAAAGCCCAAAUAAAUUGAUUUCGAAGUCAAAUAUUAUAACUUCAGUACCCGAACAAUCAGUUACCUAUUCUCCUGCUCCACCUUCCGCCGCACGAGAGGUUGUGGAGGUCACGAGUCCGGAGGUUGGACACAUGAUUGAUUUACCUCUCAUCAGCUCUCACAAAGUACAGGAUCAAAGUGAGAAAGUUGUGAUUCAGAUUAGAGUUUACUCAAUACGGGAGACAGCCGGUAACGGAGACUAUGUGAAGGGAGUGGUGGGAUUAGCAAAGGGUUUGCGUAAGGUUAAAAGUGCGUACCCUCUUGUCGUUGCUAUCUUGCCUGAUGUUCCUGAGGUACAUCGGGAGAUCUUGAAGUCUCAAGGCUGUGUCGUGCGUGAGAUCGAGCCUCUUUAUCCUCCUGAUGACCAGGUCUCAUAUGCAAGGGACUAUUACGUUAUCAACUACUCGAAGCUUCGAAUUUGGAACUUUGAAGAGUACAAGAAAGUGGUUUUCUUGGACGCGGAUAUUCAGGUCUAUGACAAUAUAGACGAGCUCUUUGAUUUGCCAGAUGGUUACUUGCACGGCGUGUUAGGCUGUUUCUGUGAGAAAACAUGGAGCCACACGCCGCAGUACACAAUCGGAUAUUGUCAACAGUGCCCGGAAAAGGUGACGUGGCCCAUCGAGAUGGAAUCUCCUCCUCCUCCUCCGUACUACAACGCCGGAAUGUUUGUGUUUGAGCCUAACCUUACUACUUACGAGAGCCUCCUCCAAGCUCUCAAGGUCACACCACCUACCGAAUUUGCAGAACAAGAUUUUCUCAAUGUGUUCUUUGAAAAUGUUUUUAAACCGAUCCCAUUGGUUUAUAACCUGAUUAUGUCUCUACUUUGGCGUCACCCGGAGAACGUGGAGCAGGACAAAGUCAAGGUUGUUCAUUACUGUGCACCUGGAUCCAAGCCAUGGAAGUUCACAGGGGAAGAAGCUUUCAUGGACAGAGAAGAUGUCAAAAUGUUGGUUAAGAAAUGGUGGGAUAUCUACAAUGAUGAAUCUCUCAAUUUCAAACCAUAAAGCUAAUUAAAGAAAGAAACAGUUUCGAAAUAAUUUGGCAUGGAAGAAAAAAACCAGAUGAAGCCAAAUUUUGUUGUGUUUGAUUUCUAUGCUUUAGGGUGUAUAUUUGUUUGUUUGUUUGUUUGAUUGUGCGGUUAGCAAUAAAUUCGUCAAAACUAUAUAAUUAUUUAGCUUGAAUAUAUUUUUAACCUUUUCA